UUCGACAUCUCCCGCCUGGCCUGCGGGCCCUGCGGGGCCCACCAGCGACAGAGCGCCAGCGGUAGUUCAUGUGAAUGUCAGCCAGGAUACAGGAUGGUUUCUGGUAAUGGUGGAUCCUCCAUUAUUUGUGAAAAAUGCCCAGAAAAUAUGAGUGGAGUUACUCAAGAUGGGUGGAACUGUAUUACUUGCCCAAACGGACUGACUUCAGAAGGAAAAUGUAAAUGCCUAAAUAAUGAAAUAUUAGUGGAAAGAAGCAUCGAUGGCAUUUUGCUUAACAAAGCACUGUGCACACGUUGUAAUGACAGCGAGCAAUCCUUCUCUGCUGCGGAUGUGUCAGGAAAUAGGUGUGUAAGAUGUGAACAAACAUUCAUCAAUGUAAGCAAGUCAUGUGACUGCGGCAGCCCAAAUAUUUUGGCUGGAGGAUUGUGUUUCAGUGCUAAAGAAAGCUUACCCCCAAAGGGAGUUGCAACUGUUCGUUUUGGACAGCUAGGAAUAACACUGACAUCAGCAUGGUUUCUGAAAAACCUGCAGUCCUCAGCCUCUGCCUGUUGGUUGUACUCCAAUCUAACAGCAUGCCAAGCUCUUGGAAAUAUGUGUGUAAUGAAUAUGAACUCCUUGAGUUCUUCGCAUACUGAUGCCUGUGGUUUAUUUCAGUAUAUUUAUUUCAAUACAGCAAGGCUUGGCAAUGUUCAUUCAAUAGCCUUCUGGAGGCAUAAUCUUCCAUGGCUAUAUUAUGGUGAUCAACCAGGAUUAGCAUCCCAAGUGCUUGAGGCAAAUCAUUUCCCUACAGUCUUCAGCUUUAAAAAUACAGAUGAGGAUGUAAAGCUGCAAUUUAUUGCAGCAUCCUUUGAUGCAGCAGGAAACUUUCUUAAGUGGCAAAAUUUGGAAGGAGGCAUCUUGCAGCUUUGUCCUGAUACCCAAACUAAAUUGAAUGCAGCUUAUACAUUCGGAACGACUUAUCAACAAAGUUGCCAAGUUUCGGUUUCGAAGAUUUUAUCCAGUUUUGCUAAUCCAAUCUUUUAUGACCUAUUCCUUGAAUAUAAUGGUGAGAAUGGACAGCAAUACCUUUGGGCUGUGCCAGUUUUAAACUUGAAUCUGCAAUACAGUGAAAUGUUUAUUAAUCAAGGCAGUAACAUGAACAACUGGCUUUUGACUCGUCGAUUUUUUUUGGUGGAUACACUGAGUGGAAAAGAGAAUGACUUGGAAAAACUACCAAGUGUAAUUCGAAUUGCUAGCAAGAUAACAAUCAGUAUUCGUCUGGUGUCCCAUACUCAGAGAGGAACUAUCUACCCUCCUCUACUUACUAUUGCUUACACAGAUGUGCGUGUCCAAAAUCCUGAAACCCAGAGUGUGAUGGUGUCCUUCUCAGUCACUUACGAGAUGAAUCAGUCAGAGGCUCGGAUUCAGACCGAUAUUGCACUGGGUGUUUUGGGUGGGCUUGCAGUAUUAUGGUGCCUUCUGAAGACUGCAGGCUGGAAGAGGCGUACAGGAAGCUCUGUAAUUGACUUGCAGACGGUUUUGAUGUUCUUACUGUUUUAUGCUGGACACCUUGCCAACGUUUUCUUUAUCAUCACAGUGGGCACAGGGAUUUAUUGGCUUGUGUUCUUCAAAGCUCAGCAGUUUGUCUCUGUACUUUUACCACUUCCAUCUCAAGAAGAAGAUUUUGUUACAUACGUAGCAUGUGCAUUUAGUUUGAAGGCUCUGCAGUUCUUACAUUUGCUGGUUUCUCAGCUUACUAUAGAUAUUUUCUUUAUUGACUGGGAAAGACCUAAAGGCAAAGUUCUUAAAGCAGUUGAAGGUGAAGGUGUUACUAAAAGUGCAGCUGCGCCUGUGAGCAUAUGGCGGACAUAUUUCAUAGCAAAUGAAUGGAAUGAAAUUCAGACAGUGAGGAAGAUAAAUCCCCUCUUUCAAGUGCUUGCAGUUCUUUUUUUUCUGGAGGUGGUAGGAUUUUCAAACCUGGCUCUAAUGGAUUCUUCUUCCAGUCUUACAAGAAGCAGUGAGAGUUACACAGCUCCUUGGAGCCGCAUUUUAAGAUUUGGUGUGUCUGCUGCACUCUGGCUAGCCAUUGCUUUCUUACAGGUUAUAUUUUUUUCUGUGUUUUAUGAAAGAUUUAUUGAAGACAAGAUAAACCAAUUUGUUGAUUUGUGUUGCAUGAGCAAUAUUUCAGUGUUUCUCUUGUCACACAGCUGCUUUGGUUAUUACAUCCAUGGUCGCUCUGUGCAUGGGCAUGCAGAUACCAAUAUGGAAGAAAUGAAUAUGAACCUAAAGAGAGAAGCAGAAAAUCUAUGUAGUCAGAGAGGUUUGUUACCCAACACAGAUGGCCAGACAUUUCAGAUUUCCAUUUCAAGAAAUAUGCGACAGAAUUAUGACAGGAUUCAUGAAACCCUAACAAGAAAACGUGGUCCUGCUAGGCUUUUGGGCUCAUCAGCAAAUACUUUUGAACAAAGCACAAGGGCAUACAACACCAUGAACAAGUUUCUCAGUUCUUUUAUUGAUCACGUUCAUAAAGAUAUGGAUUAUAUUGUUAAAGAUAAGUUGCUGCUUGAAUGGAUGCUUGGCAUGGAGUUCAUGGAACCAUUAGAGAAAAGUAUUUUUUACAAUGAUGAAGGACAGUCUUUCAGUCAUGUUCUCUUUUAUGGCAAUGAGACAACACUGCUCAUCUUUGAUAUCCUGUUUUUCUCCAUUGUGGAUCUGGCUUCCCAAAGUUUUGUUUUAGCAGCUAUUCUAACGUAUUUGCAACAAGAGAUAUUUAGGUUUAUUCGCAAUAAACUUGGGCAGAAGAAUUUGGCAUCCAAAACCUUGGUGGAUGAAAGGUUUCUCAUUUAA